UGUACUAAAGGGAGGGGGGAUGAGAGAGAGAGUCUCUAGUUUCUUGUACCAUUGUAACCUAUAGAAGACAUCUUUGGUGCCAUUAUGUGGGUACUUUAGGCGCCAUUAUUACUUAAUCUCAAUGAGAUGCCUUUCUUUUCCCUUUCUGUGUUUUGUCUUUUCUCUAAGAAAUACCUGAUUCUGCUCUUGGUGUCUUAUAAUCCAGUAUAAGGUGGUGUCCUACUUAUAAUUGCGACAUUGCCUUUCAUAUUGGAUUUGACAGCAGCUAUCGUGAAAAAUACAUAUACAUUGGAUUUGAUGGAAGUUGUUUCCAGCUAUAAUUCCAAAAAGGUUUCAGUGAGUAAUGCUUCAAGUUAAGAUGGUAGAAUGCUGAGCUUUGGUAACUUGACUUAGUAAUUUCAGAGUAAGGACUGCUGUUUUAGUAUCUGAGGGCUGAAUCCCACUUAUUCAAAUGAAGAAGAAUAUGAAAAAAGUGAAUAUGGAGUUAGUUUCAGUUGCAAAUUACCAGAAAAACCUCAGCUUUGUGUUACCUUAUUGUGGUUUUUAAUUAGUUUGGCACUGGACUGUUAUGAAUUUGAAGUGAGAUACAUUACAUUAUCAUGUUUGCUUCAAAUAAAACCUUAAGGGUAUGCUUGUACUUGUUUCCCUUAUAAUUGGUCAUCAUGAGUGGUAGAAGGAUGCAAGAACCAAUCCCUUGUGGCUUCUACUGCAUCAAGAAUAGUCAUAUGGUUAAAAAAUGUCCAUUAAUUCAAAUUGUGAACAAUGCAUAUCAGAUGUAGACCUACUGCAUGUGUCCGGCUUUAACUUCAGAUUAACAUCCAACUUAUGCUAAGGUAACUAUAAAAUCUGAUAAACUUCAUAACACUUAUAAUUCAGAGACAUUAACAACAUUGUCUUAGCGGAAAUUUCUCUUGGCUAAUUAGUUCUGGAGACACAUAUCAUGAGUAAUGAUCGAUAACUUGCUUCUUAUUGCUUUCUUGUUUUGAUAGUAAACAAAAUGGCUACAUUCACUGAAGAUCAGCGUUAUUUAUUUGUGUUUGCGACUGAGAAUGGAAGUUCUUUGAACACCCUUGUCUGGCAAGGGAAUCAGCCAAAUUCAUUUCCUGCCAAGUGUGUGUAAAUGGCCUAUUCCUCUCAGUACAUCUCUUGAAUGCUUCAUUGAAGGUGUUUAUGAAUCUCCAUGGUUUUUGGCUUCCUUUGUAGACCAAGCAAUGGGGUUCAUGUAGUCCCUUUUGGUCUUUUCUUUAUUUGAAUCACAGUGAUGAGCAGGGCCCUACUAGCUUAAGUUGAUAUGAUCCAGCUGUGAUCGAAAGAUGCCCCAAGUCGAGCAGGGCCUGGAUUGUCCACUAAACUUCCAUAAGAUAUCAUCUUUAGGACUCCAUUUUGUGGUGCUUGCCAUUUUGGUGCGUGGCUGCCAUUUUGGUGCUCUAAUAUCUCUUGAUGUUAUGCACCAGACAAUUUUAUACCAUUGUAUAUUAAUAUCUGUUUGGUUUUUGGUUAAUGCCCAUGAAGCAGACAUACUUGCGACUUUUCCAUAUCUUAGAUUUUAAAAUUCUACUGUUUUGUUCCUUUCUCAAAGACCAUGGAAUUGCUGAAAUGAGAAGUGUCCAUAAGAUCAAUCCUUUUUCCUUUUAGUGGCUUUUGUGGGAUAACCACUACAGCAGCAAGCCUCUACUGAUGCUAGCUUAGUCCAAGAGAACCAAAGGGUUUGAAGAAGGACCAAAAAUCUGUUGCCUUAUCACAAUCCAUUAGUAACUGCCUAACAUUUCUUCUUGUCUAAUGCACAUAAUGCAUUGAUGUGGGAUUUGGAUUCCUAUGCUGCAGGGGUCAACAGCCAUAGGAAGAGCUGAGCACAAGGCGGGUCUUUAGUCGACUAGAUCCUUGAGACUUCCCUAGUUGUUUGAUCAUCAGGAUGGUAUUCUGUAAAAGGAUCUUGAUAUGCUUACUAUCUCGACUCCACAGAAGGUUAUCUUCCAUAUCUUUGGCUUGCAGUGAAGCAUUCGGAAACAGGGAGUUAGAGUCAUCCACAAUGGCAGCCAAGACAGUAAACGAUCACCCAAAGUAUCUGUACCAGUCUGUAAAUCUUUCCAAGAGCGGAUAGUGUACUAAAGACUUCGCAGAUGCAUCAUGAGCUGUAUUAAUGCAUUUUUAGGCCCUUUUAACAGUUGAUUUCCAUCUUGCAGAUUUUUAGCAUACCUUCCAUUUCUGUUGGAUCCAUACUUAUGCUCAAUAGUUGACUUCCAUGACUAGUUCUCUGUGUGAAAUUCGACAGUCCUAUCCCAAGGAGGGCCAUAUUAAAUUCUUUCAUUUUUCUUAUUCCGAGUUUACCUGCCUUCUUUGCUGCGCAUUGAUUCCCAUCUCACCAGGUGGAACUUGUGAUGUUUGGAGGAACCUCUUCAUGGGAAUUCUCUUUGAAGCUGCUCAAUCUUGUGAAGAAUGGACGUUGGCAUUUUGAAAGGCAGCUUAUAGUACACGGGGAGGUUGGAGAGUAGAUUUAAUUAUUGUGAUCUUUCUCCAAGAGACAGGAUAGGAUUCUGGAUUGGAGGAUAUGUCUAUUGAAGCGAAAUACUUUCGGUUCUUGAAGAUUGUUGGAGUGGGUUUCAAGGCAAGGGCAGAGGCAGGAGGGAGGAUGUUGUUUUUGAAGUUGGGCUAUAGCCACGAGGUCGAGCUGACAGUGCCACCUGCAGUUCGUGUCUUCUGCUUUAAACCCAACAUUGUCUGUUGCACAGGUAUACACUUGCAGAGGGUUGCUCAGUUUGCGGCUUCAGUGCGGAGUUGUAAGCCCCCAGAAGUGUAUAAGGGAAAGGGAAUAUUGUAUCUUGACGAGGUUGUUAAGAAAAAGCCAGGAAAGAAGUCCAAGUGAGAGAAAACUAGAGGUGUUGUUUCUUUUUUAUUGUCGUUAUUCAUAUGCAUUAAGAUGAGGUCAGAUGCCUGGUGAAGGAGGAUGUGGAGUUGAAAGGCAUGGGUGGGAGUGAAAGGGGCCUGGAAACAUUUUACUGUUGUACUUUGAUUAGGCUUCUUUUUGUUCUUUUCUUUUUUCAUUUUGUUUUAACAGUUUUGAAAGGAGAGGUAAUUUAGAUAUUUCAUGAGCAAAGAA